AUGGCAGUGGUACGUCGUAUUAUCUUAAACUUGCGAUUCUUGCUCUUUGACAACGGUAAAUUUCCCAUUAAAGUUGAAAUUAAGGAUGUUCUUGAAAAUAUCUACAUUUCUGUCGACUCUGCUGUGAAACUAGUCGAAGGAGUCAAAUUGAAUGCUGUAAUGUUGAGUUCGGAAAUUUCAUUAUAUAAGGGACCGCCAUGCACGGAAGGUCGUUGUGGUAAAGCACAUUGCUUUGCUAAACUCAAUGAUUAUGAAUGUCGAUGUAAACCAAAUACUUCUGUUGAGUUUUGUGAUCCAAGUUAUUAUGCUUCACAGUCGAGAAAAAUGGCUUAUUUUGAUGGAUCUACUGGAUACUCUUAUCUCAAUAAAGCUGUAUAUGGGGCAAAGAGACAACAGAAAAUCAGCUAUUCAUUUUGGUUUAAAACAGUGGCAUCUAAUGGUCUUAUAAUAUGGCAAAGCAAUAUGACAAAUGGUAAUAACGAUUAUUUGGCAAUUUUUCUAACGAAUGGAUCACUCGGUUUUGCCAUUAUGCUGGAUAAAAAAAGUUCACAGAAAGUUUUGCAGAAAAAGGUGAAUGAUGGCAAAUGGCACGCCGCUUCUUUUUUAAGAAAUGGAGAAAAAGCUGAAUUGAUAAUGUUUGCUGAAAAAGUUGUCAUUGGUCUUCCAUCUCAUAACUUUGUGGGAAAAAUGUCAGAAAUGUCAGAACAGACUCAUAUAUCAUUACUCCUUAUAUUGGAUGUUUGGGUAGCGUAG